AUGGGCUGGAACAACAGCACGGCGCUCGCCAAGUUCUCGUCGGAUGAUUGUUAUGCGGACGGUCAGCUACCUACCUACCUCACUGAUAUCCGUGGCUGGUCGGGGGUUCGGAUCAAACAACUCGACCCGUCGAAGCUCUCCGGCAGGUCUGAAACGCGACGAGUCUUGGAGACCAUUGGUGGAGAUGGGAUGAACAGUGGAGAUGUGGGCGAGAAAGAUCGACAAUAG